UUUUUUUUUUAAUUGGAACUGCUCUUUUCAAAUUGUAUAUAAAAUAGGUUUGUUGCUUUCUUGGGAAUGAGUAGCUACGCCUACAACUCAAAGGAGGAGAGCACACCUUCAGCAAGCUUUCAAAAAUUAUGCCAACAAUUGCUUGACGGCUCUUCGCAGAGCAUAACGAAGCAGAACAUUGAAGAUUUUCGUGUUAUUCUGCACAUGAUCAUGCACGAUUGUUCGAAAGCGAAUAUCGAAGCAGGUAAAAUAUGGAUUUUUGAUCACUGUCAAACACCUCAACACAUGUCGGCGAUGCUUGAAUAUAUCCAGACAUUGGCUUUAUCCCGAUCUGGGCAGAAAGACAGAAUACAUAUGGUUUACCUCGUUAAUGACGUCUUAUAUCAUUCGUACAGUGAUUUUGUUUUGCAAUAAUUCGAUACUUGGCAUUUUUUGAGAUUGCAUUGUUUGACCAUUCGAAUUUUCCCUUCUACCAAAUUUAAAAAACAAACCACCCCUUUUGGUUCAAUUAGGACUCGCAAGCAGAAGGAUUGGAUGAAGGAAGCCAUGGUACCCUUCUUGGUGCCUAUAGUAAAGUCAGCGUAUGAUGCAGCAGACUCUCCAGAAUACAAAGCCAAAGUGAUGAAGGUAUUCGUCCGAUAGAUUCAUCUUCCUCUAUGAGCAUAGUUUAAUGAUGUAUCAUGCAUAGGUGAUCAAUAUUUGGAGUGACAAGAGUAUUUUGGACCAGCAACUUAUCAGUAAUAUCAAAAGAACUGUCAGUGGCCAUGCUGCUGGCCUUCCAGCAGAAACAAACUAUAUUCAACAACAACAACAACAACAACAGCCAAAGCCCAUACCUUCACCCUAUACUACUACUCCAUUGACGACGCAUGCGGGGCUUCCUGCUC